AUGUCCCAGAUCUGCAUCCAUUUGCUUCGCCGCCACGGCAUAACCACCAAGUUAUGUAACGUAUGCACAAAAGCCAUUCUGGAUCCCACAGUAUUUGAUCGGUAUCAUGGACGGAAUUGUACGGAUCCUCGGCCACAGGUAAGACGUAUUGUCGGUGUGCGACAGCAAUGGAAAGAAUUGUAUACGUCCUUGAGGCGAACGAUUGAUGUCACAGCAGUGGAAGCCUUCCAAGACUCGCUUUCGCACGCAGUCAAUACUGGCCUCUCAAGCGCUUCGGAUGCCGAAAAUGCAACCUCACUCUCAAGGACAACCGAUACACUCUCAGGAGAGGAAAUACGCAAUUUAGAUCUUAACCACAGCUCUAGAGCAGACUGUGCGAGUACCGAGAUAGUUUGUCAAUGCUCGUCAAGCAUCGGAGCUUCUACGAACUCUGCCGGGCGGCACGCCUUAGUCGGACUUGCGGCAAGGCUACCUUCUGCCUGGGAAGAGGUUCAAGACAAACUCCCCGAUUCCUACAAAUGGGAUAUCGAAUAUGUCACGACCCAUAGUGACGGCGGAGCUGCAAGUGGUUGCUGGACAUGCAUGCCUUUGGAGGAUUGUGAGCCUGAACAGAUACCUCUGACAAUAGCAGAGGCUCCUGUUGUGCUUCCCGUUGAUCAUCAGUGGCCGCCAAUCGGCGGGGUGCAUCCUCCACCGGAUCCCAGGCCAUCAGCACCAAUAGAUUGUUGGAACGAGUUGCCCAUGGAUACCAUACGGGAUCUUUUCCUUACAUUCGAAGGCAGCUUAGGUUUCUAUGUUCUUAUAAGCGGGCUACUACAAAUCAUUGUCUCCGAAACCUUCGAUACCACUUGGGCUUCUUCGCAUUUGCCUCACAAGUACGGCGGCCUGAAGGUCUGCUACAUCACCAACACGAUGGAGCCUACUAUGCUGCAAUCUAAUGUAGCAACCACGCCCCGGACAGGCGUGUCGUCACAAACGCAGACUUCGCGCUUGAUGAGCGCAUCCAAGCAAGCUCGAUCAGCUCAAACGCUUCAACUUAACGACUUCAUCGAGGCUCGAGUGUCAUCGACAUCCCGCGAGAGAUUCGCUGGCCGAAUUGGUCUGAAGGUCGAGAAAGACGGCCAGCCAUUUCUGGUAAUGUCGUCGCACGUGAUUACCGAGGCAAUCCUCAGCAAGUCUUUCUUCGGUCUGAAUCGCGAUCCGAUGAAGCGGCUGCAAGAGGAUUGGAACAAACACACCGAGAUUUGGGCGGGAAAUGCGAAGAUUGGAACGAUCGCGAAGAGUUUUGAUCAGGACGCAGAGUAUUACCCCACCGGCUUCAACCACGAUGUCACUUUGAUAAGACCAAAUGCGACGGCUUCUUUUGCAGAUGUAAAAUCUCCAAUAGGCGACCUUGGUUGGUUAUGCCGAGAUGGCUGGUCAUCGCUUCGGCAGCAGCCUUCCGCCAUCAGGAUCCUGGGACCAACAGAAACAGAUCGUGCAGCAAAAUGCAUCAAAUGCAACACUAACUCCGAAGCCAUCAUCGUCGGUGAAGGAAUCUUCUUCAAUCAGACCUCUUCUGCCGGCGCUAAACCUGCGAGGAACCACGAUCUCUCGACGUGGAAAAGAUUUGUAUCACGAGCUGUGUUAUACCGUGUGAACCCUGACUUCAAUCCACCAAACGGCUAUAGUGGCAUCGCACUAUAUGCGGAUGGGACCAGGGAAGAUGGCACGCAGGGUCCCGGCAUCGUGGGCUUUCAAAGUUUUGUUCAAAAAAGUGACCAUCCGCAAAAGUUCAACAUGCCAGAGGGUCCGCACCUGGAACGGAGAUUGAAAGAAGGCAGAGUAGCAUUCUAUGGCGCAUUUCAGGUGCCUGACGAGCUUCGCAGGGGUUAUAAUAUUCUGUAG